AUGGGAGAGUAUCUUCCAGGAGGAGGAGCCAGGAUUAGCCCCAGCCUCCAGAGGAGUCCAGUUUCCAGAAGCUGGGAGUGCCUUCUCCAGAAGAGGAAGAGGGCUCCCUGCCUGCUCCCCUCCUCACUUUGUCUCUCAGCCUUCCCUCUUCCCUCCAACCUGCUGCUGGAGAAACUCCCCAAGGCUCCCUUCUUCCAUCCCUCUCCUUUCCUUUCCCCCUUCCUUCUCUUUUCCUCCUCCUUUCCUCUCUGUUUCUUUCCCCCCCUUUUUCCCUUUCCCUGCCAUAGCCAUGGAGUUGUCCUGGAGGGUCCUCCUCCUGUCCUGCUUUUACCUGGGGCUUCAGGGGACUUUGACGGGAGGUGGCCCAGGCAAAUUCUUUCCACAACUGGAUUGUGCCGAUUUGGGAGCAGAGUCGAUUGCUGCUGGGGUUGGGUUCGCCAUUCAUGGGGCCAGUGCCAACCUUUCUACAUCUUAAGGCAGAGAAUAGCCAGGAUAAGGUGCCAACCCAAAGCUGUGUGUCAGCCUGGAUGUAAACAUGGUGAAUGUGUUGGACCAAACAAAUGCAAGUGUCAUCCAGGAUAUACUGGGAAAACAUGCAAUCAAGAUCUCAAUGAGUGUGGACUGAAACCAAGGCCAUGCAAGCACCGAUGCAUGAACACCUAUGGGAGCUACAAGUGUUACUGUCUGAAUGGAUAUAUGCUUAUGCCAGAUGGAUCAUGUUCUAAUGCCCUCACAUGUUCAAUGGCAAACUGUCAGUAUGGCUGUGAUGUAGUGAAAGGGGAGAUUUGCUGCCGCUGUCCUUCUCCAGGUUUACAGCUGGCAUCUGAUGGCAGAACUUGUAUAGAUGUUGAUGAAUGUGCCACUGGGAGAGUUACUUGUCCCCGAUUCAGGAAAUGUGUCAAUACAUUUGGAAGCUAUAUUUGCAAGUGUCACAAAGGCUUCGAUUUGAUGUACAUUGGAGGCAAAUACCAGUGUCACGAUGUAGAUGAAUGUUCACAUGGCCAAUAUCAAUGUGGAAAUUUUGCACAAUGUUACAACACACAGGGAUCUUACAAGUGCAAAUGUAAAGAUGGAUACAGAGGUGAUGGAAUGAACUGCAUAACUUUCGCUGCUAUUGAAAAUGAGACGGGUUUUGGCUCAGCUGAGGCACAUGGCAGAGGUGAACAGGAUCCUUUUAAUGUGGUACUCUCUGAGACGGCAUCUCAGAGGGAGAUGUGGGUUAUUCCAAAAGUCAUGAUUGAUCCAUCUGGUCCAUAUCAUGUAUUUAAGGGCAAUACAACCUUUCCUAAAGGCAGUGGUGGGAUGACCAAUAGGAUACCUGAAACUGGUGUUACAAGACAACCCAUCAAAUCACCACAUAUACCAGCCAUAGCUACAGCAAAGCCUUCUCCAAGGACAGUCAGGCCAACCCAAAGGCCAACCAUGAAGCCAACACAAAGACCAUUUACCAGGUUUGUAACAAAGCCUGCAACAACAAGACCAGCUUUGAAGCCAGUGACAAGAUCUCCGCCAGAGACAAGACACCCAACAACACCCCCAACUCCACCAAAGCCUAUAACAACAAGAAUAUCAAGAGUUACGACUCAAGAACCACUAUAUGAAACAACGACUUAUCAGGGCUUUACAGUUGACAACAGGAUACCAAUUGAUCCUCAGAAACCACGUGGGGAUGUGUUUAUUCCACGCCAGCCUGGAGUGAGCAAUAAUCUCUUUGAAACAUUUGAAAUUGAACGAGGGAUUAGUGCUGAUGAGGAUGAAGCAAACGAUGAUCCAGGUAUUCUUGUUCACAGUUGUAACUUUGAUGAUGGCCUUUGUGGAUGGAUGAAAGAGAAAGAUGAUGAUUCACACUGGGAACCUGUUAAAGAUUACUCAGGUGGACAAUAUUUAUCUAUUUCUGAACCAAAAGGAAAAGCAGGACGAGCUGCCCGUUUGAUCCUUCCACUUGGCCAUUUGGCUCAGUUGGGGGAUCUGUGUCUGUCCUUCCGGCAUAAAGUGUCUGGGAUGCAUUCCGGUUUGCUUCAAGUCUUUGUAAGAAAAGCUGGUGUUCAUGGACCAGCAGUCUGGGGAAGGAACGGUGGACAUGGUUGGAGACAAACACAAAUAACAUUGCAAGGAUCUGGCAUCAGAAGUGUUAUUUUCAAAGGAGAGAGAGGGAAAGGACAGACGGGUGAAAUUGGACUGGAUGAUGUGAGCUUGAGGAAAGGCUUGUGCUCUCAAGACCAUUAGUGGUACAGACAAUCUGGCAAAGAGAACAUACUUUGUUGUCCAUGCCUCUUGGCCAAAGUGGGUGAUAAGUUGAAUAAUUCUUCUCCCUCAUCUUUGUGAAAUCCCAGUAGACUGCCAUCUAAACAAAGCAAAUUUUCUGCAAGGGCACAGCAAGAUCAAACUUAUGCUGAAGACUGCAAUUAACAAUUAUCUGGCUCACAUACAUAUGAUAUGUGAUAAAGACAUCCUGAAUUCUGAAUUAUGGAUAUAAAUAUCCUUUAUGAAGAACAAGUGACUAGACAUCAUCAAAAGGAUCCUUUGAUACACAUAACAGUUGCAUAAUGGUAUUUUGUGUGGUUUCCAUUUUUAUUGUUGUUUAUAUAAUAUCAUGGAGCUAGUUCAGCUUCAUAAACUGAAAGUAACUCUCAACUGUGGUUCUACUACUCUUGAAUUUUGAAGACACACAAACAUUUAUAUAUAUAUACUAGCAUUUUUUCUUUUGGAUUUGUUUUCCUUUUUAUUAAGAAGAAGCAAUUAUAGAGUAGGCACUGCAUCCCUUAAUAUUAGUAGUGCUGUGUUCUGUAUAAAUAUGUAUGUAUACUAAUGUAUUUAUAUGUGGUCUUUUGUAAAAAUUAGUUGCAAGAUAAAUUGGCAGCUAAACACAUCAAAGUUAGAUUAUUAUAUACAUAUCCACUGUGAUAGUCAUGGGAAAUUACUCUUUUCACAGUUUGUCACUAAUAGAUAAUCAUUAUCUCUAAGCUAGCAAAUUAUUUUAUAUGGUUAUAAAAAAACUGAAGUGACCAUUCAAAGACAUAGCUGUGUUAGACUGGAAAAUCACUAUGCAAAGAGAACUUAUAACAGCUUUGAGACUAACUGAAAGAAAAAAGCUGGUAGCACAAGCUUUUGUAAACUUGAAUCUACCUCCUCAGUAGUGUGGAGUAGGCUCAAGUCUAUGAAAUUUCAUGCUACCAGCUUCUUUCUUUCAGUCACCAGAUUCUACAAGAUCCUUUUGCAUACUGAAGUGACCAUAUAAGCAACAAUUGUGGAUAUACUAUGUCAUCAGAGCUUGCGCAUUGUAACUAUGUCUCUGGACCCAACUCCCCACCCCACCCUAAAAACACCUACUAUGUAAGCCUGGAACCUCUGCCAAUGGAGAGUUUCCUGAAAUACAAGGGAACAGGAUUGCAAGUGAAGAAGCUUCCAGCCCUCUCCCAGUAGCAAGGUAUUUUGUGACAGCAAACCACUUUGAGACUGUCACAGUUGCUAUCACAAAGCACUUCACUGGUUAGGGAGGGUUGGAAACUUCUUUGCUUGCUUCCUUGUUCUCUGGCCUUCAGAAACCCCUCCGAUGAUAGAGGUAGCAGGUUUAUACAGUAGUUUUUUGGGAACACUUUUGGUCAUUGCAUUGCGGCAAGACCAUACAUGUGAAUUCCAAAAAAGUUACAGGUUCAUUUUAUGAAGUAUAUUUUAUGAAUAUAAACAGGAUGCAAGCCCUUAAUGCAGUGGUUCCCAACCUGUGGGUCGGGACCCCUUUGGGGGUCAAAUGACCUUUUCAUGGGGGUCGCCUAAGACCAUUGGAAAACACCUAUUUAAUUACCGUUAAGAAGUAGCAAUGAAAAUAAUUUCAUGGGUUUGGGUCACCACAACAUGAGGAACUGUAUUAAAGGGUCGCGGCAUUAGGAAGGUUGGGAACCACUGCCUUAAUGGCAAACUGGAUAUCAAGUUUCAAGAGAAGCAAUCAUUAUCCAAGCCAAAAGUCUUCUCUGUGAAGAAAGGGCACAUGUAAUUGGUAACAAUAGGAAAACCUGGCUAUUUUAAUACUGAUAGACAGGAAGUAUUUGGCAGGUUUGAGUUCUUUUUCUCAGAAGUUAUUAAAAGCCAAAAGACUAAUUUGGCCAUCCUGAACAAACGGCAGAUAUCCUUCUGUUGAGUUUCUGUCUUCUUUCAUCACAAUCAUUUUUGGAGAGACAAUCUGAUCUUCAGGAGCAGAGUAAGACUAGUAGGUGAAUAAACACUAAGUUAUUGCUGACCACACUAGGACAUUGGAGAAAUGGUCCUAUAUUUCUCUGAUCUUUAUGGUGGAAGGGGCCACACAGCUCAUCUCUCUUGUUAAUUACAUAUUUGUUUCCAAAUUUUAUUUCUAAAGUUCUAUAUUGUGUCUUUCAUUUUGGCUUGUAGUCCCACAGUAGCAGACAGAAAAAAUAGAACUAUAAUAGUUAGCACAAUAGAAUGACAACAGUACAAUGUAAAAUUCUAAUAUGAGAGACAUGGAAGUGGCUUAGAAGAUUUAAAACAAACAUAUUAGGAAAGCAAGAUAUUCUUCAUGGAAAUAUGAUGAAUGGGUGACAAACAAGCAUCCCCUGGGAGGUGAAUCCACAAGCAGUGUUCAAUGUUGCAAUCUUUUAUUGUGUACCUUCAAGUCAUUUCUGAUUCAUGGAGACACUAAGAUAAACCUAUCAGAGGGUCUUCUGGGACUGAGAAUGCGAGAGUCGCCCAAGGUUACCCUGUGGGUUUCCAUUGCUGAUGGGAUUCAAACCCUGGCCUCUAGAGUCAUAGUCCAGCACUCAAACUACUACAUGAUGCUGCCUUUAUCUGUUCCUUCAUAUGGUAGCAGCAUCUUUAAAAGAGCUUAAGAUGUAGGUUUGCCAGGAGAUAGGAUGAUAACAGAAGCAGACAAUCAAUACAAAAGGAUCAUGGGCGAGACCUGGAGAUUUUUC